UCACCCUAGCCAUAUUGCUUUUGUGCAUUGUGAGUACUUGUAGAAGGUAAGGCUUUGUAUGCCGCGCACGUUUCAGUACGGCGCUGGCAACAAAGAAACUAAGGUAGAUAGGGCACUACUCGACUGCCCAUUCACUAUUCUGGAUGUACGUCUGAAGUAAACAGCAAGUGUGAUGCCUGCGAAUAUCUAUGCAGACAUGAUGACCGCCAGUACUGGCAUAGAAGACCAGCGAGCCCUGCAACUCGCCUUCGAACUGUCUUUGCUCGGGUUGGGAGGAGAAGACGAGCCCAGCACUACCAGUCCCAAUAGUACCACAGUUAACUCUUCCUCCUCUUCCUCGUCUUUCGAGGAUUCUAAUGCUAGAAAAAGAAGCGCAAACAUGACGGAGUGUGUCCCUGUACCAAGUUCGGAACAUGUAGCUGAAAUAGUAGGGAGACAAGGAUGCAAAAUCAAAGCUCUCCGGGCCAAGACAAAUACGUACAUCAAAACACCAGUGAGGGGAGAAGAACCGGUCUUCGUCGUCACCGGACGCAAAGAAGAUGUCACCUCCGCCAAAAGAGAGAUCUUAUCUGCCGCUGAGCAUUUUAGUCAAAUUCGGGCGUCCCGAAGGAAUAGUAGUGUUUCAAGUGUUGGAUCCAGCAAUGGUUCCACCCUCACACCCGGCCCCCCAAGUCCCAACGCCCCCGGGCAGGUGACAAUACAAGUUCGUGUCCCCUACCGAGUGGUCGGGUUAGUCGUGGGACCCAAAGGUGCUACAAUCAAAAGAAUUCAACAACAAACGCACACGUAUAUUGUGACCCCCAGUCGCGACAAGGAGCCAGUGUUCGAAGUGACCGGUCUUCCCGAUAAUGUGGAGAAGGCAAGACAAGAAAUAGAGAGUCAUAUUGCUAUGAGAACGGGAGGUUUAGUGGAUACAACAAACUUGCCCUCCAACCAUGGGGAGGACUUCCCGAGUAAUGGACUUGAUUCCGGCUUUCACGAGCUCAAUGGGGAUUUCAUGGGGUCGAUCUACAAGCCACAUUCGACUUCUGGGUCGGCAUUUACGUCUUAUGGCAGCAGCAACGUGAAUGGGAAUAGCCUUUUGUCACGACGGAGUCAGGAAGCUACAAUAUUCAACUUCCCUCCCGUUAAUGGGUCCACUUCCUCCACAUCCAAAGUCUCCCCAGACUUCCCUAACCCCUUGUCUAACGGAUUCGGUGCAUUCAAUGGCUUUAGUGUGUACGACAACGACGAAGGGAUCGGGUCUCCGUCAUUCGACCCAAUCCCUCCGUCACCGUCAAUGUGGCCCGACUUCAGCACUGACAACCGUAACUCUCUAGUCUCAAUCUUCGGCAAUACGAACUCUCCGCCAUCUACCAGUCCCCGUCGCAGCAGCAGUUUCGCCGGUGGCAUGUGCCCUUCCUCACGAAUCUCCCCACCCCUCACGGAGAACGGGACCUCCGCAAGCUCCAGCCCCCCAAGCAAUAUGACCUCGUCCCCAGCUCCAAGCAUUUCCGGGGACCAUCAAAUGGUCCGGCGUAUCCGAAGCGAUCCGCUGAGCAAUGGACUAUCAAAUAUGAACGGUUUCACCACCCCGCCUAGCUCCGUGACGAACAGUUUCGCGUGUGUCUCUACCUCCAGCGGUUCCCCCACCCACAGCAGCACCGCCACCUCAAGCCCCACCCCAACAAGCGAUGCAAGUGGCCCUGUCACCCCCGCGGGUACAGGCCCGUCCCCAACACGACCAAGAAAGCACUGUCUUAUCUGCAAUGAAAGCGAGGUGGUAGCAGCUCUCGUUCCGUGUGGUCACAAUUUGUUCUGUAUGGAGUGUGCCAGCCUAAUUGUUGAGAAACCUUCCACCGAGAGAUCCUGCCCGGUAUGCCAACAGACUCCAACUCAGGCAAUUCGAAUAUUUUCUUGAGUUUUUUUCUCAUUUUACUCUACUACUACUCCUACGUGGUGUGUACGUAUUCCUAUUAAUCAACGUUCUCUCCACGUAUAAUGAUACUCGCGGUGGACAUUCUCACUGGGACCUCGCUACGUUCACACGAAGCGAUAUGAGAUUACUAGCCACGCUCUACGUUGAUUUAUAUUAACUAUGUGUUAUUAUUGAAUAUUAUGUGAAUAUUCAAAAGUGCAAAGUGGAUAUAUACAUGUGCGUUUAUCCAAAAGUAUUAUAUUAAUAUUACUUAUAAGAGUAUUUUAUUCUUUGAAUAUCUGUAUUUCCUUAUGUCUGAUAUCGAGAGAUGACAAUAAUUUAAGUGUACGUUACGUGCAGCUGAUUGUUGCUUUAUGUGUGGUGUACGUGUUAUUAACGGACGCAACCUGCUCGACCCAAAAUGCAAGGGGAGGCAAUUGCAGGUGGUAUGUUAUGUUCACGAGAAUUGGCGGUGUAAGAUUCCGUUUUUAAAUUAUAUUUUAUCCAGCUGACAAUAUUUUAUAGUCCAAAUGAAAAAAAAAAGAAAAAGAAAAAAUAGACUUUAUUUUAUUCUAUAUUGUGGAGUCAACCCAAAGUGGGGUUUGUUUGUGAUUGAAGAUUUAAGCUUUCUAACAUACAUAUAUUAUUUGUAUAAAUAGAUUCUCAAAGACUUAAUUUGUUGCACAUCCAUAGUUUAGUAUUUUCUAUUUUAAUAUUAUUUACUACUCUGUGUAUAUUGUAGAUGUUCCACAGAUUACCAAUAACUCGUCGACAAAGUACAAGAAAGAUAUUUUUAUUUUGAGGCCAAGCAAAAUAUGGCCGUUACUAAUAUUAUAUUUGCUGAAACUCAGAAGUAUAAGAUGUAAGAGUUUUAUUUUUCUGCCAUUAAAGUCAAGUUCCAAAGUGGAA